AUGACAGAUUAUGAAUUGAAUUUUUCAUUGAAAACAGAAGAAAUGCUUGGUCGAAUACUUGAUCCAGCUUAUCGUUGUCUUGUUGUAGAAAUGUUUGAAUCGAUCAAUGUUCUACUUGAACGUAAUCCAGAAUUAUGUUUUGUUCAACCACUUGAUGUUGAUUAUUUAAUAAGUGACGCAAUCAAGUUAUUUGAACAGCAAACGAAGUCAGUAGAUCCUCUUAAAGAUUUCUAUAAUCUUCCAAUAAGUCUUGUUGGUGGUUCAACUGGUUAUAUGACUCAAGUUAUAAUUAAUUAUCUAUUUAGUGCACAAAUUCAAAAAUCAGACGUAGCUGAUUUGAAUUCAAGUGCUAGCAAUAGCAUAUGCAAAAUUUCAUGA